GCGUGUGUCCGUGUGCGAGUGUGUGUGUGCCGGGCGGGCGGGCACUGCAGCUUCCUCCUCCGUGGAGCGGAAAGCGAGAACUAGAGCGAGCUAGAGAACGGCGAAGGCGGGCAGAGGGGCGCGGGCAAGGCGGCUCAGCCAUCAGCCAGCCCGGCCCGGCGCCGCGCCGCCACCAUGCUAAACAACCUGACGGACUGCGAGGACGGCGAUGGGGGAGCCAACCCUGGUGAUGGCAACCCCAAGGAGAGCAGUCCCUUCAUCAACAGCACUGACACAGAGAAGGGAAAGGAGUAUGAUGGCAAGAACAUGGCCCUGUUUGAGGAGGAGAUGGACACCAGCCCCAUGGUGUCCUCCCUGCUCAGCGGUCUGGCCAACUACACCAAUCUACCCCAGGGAAGUAGGGAGCAUGAAGAAGCAGAAAACAAUGAGGGUGGAAAAAAGAAGCCGGUGCAGGCCCCACGCAUGGGCACCUUCAUGGGCGUCUACCUCCCGUGCCUGCAGAACAUCUUUGGCGUAAUCCUCUUCCUGCGACUCACUUGGGUAGUGGGCAUCGCAGGCAUCAUGGAAUCCUUCUGCAUGGUCUUCAUCUGCUGCUCCUGUACGAUGCUCACAGCCAUCUCGAUGAGUGCUAUUGCAACCAAUGGUGUUGUGCCUGCUGGCGGCUCCUACUACAUGAUUUCCAGGUCUCUGGGCCCAGAGUUUGGGGGCGCCGUGGGCCUCUGCUUCUACCUGGGCACUACCUUUGCUGGGGCCAUGUACAUCCUGGGCACCAUUGAAAUCCUGCUGGCUUACCUCUUCCCAGCUAUGGCCAUCUUCAAGGCAGAGGAUGCCAGUGGGGAGGCAGCAGCCAUGUUGAACAAUAUGCGAGUGUAUGGUACCUGUGUGCUCACCUGCAUGGCCACUGUGGUAUUUGUGGGUGUUAAGUACGUCAACAAGUUUGCCCUUGUCUUCCUGGGUUGUGUCAUCCUCUCCAUCCUGGCCAUCUAUGCAGGGGUCAUCAAGUCUGCCUUCGACCCACCCAACUUCCCGAUCUGCCUCCUGGGCAACCGCACACUGUCCCGCCAUGGCUUUGAUGUCUGUGCCAAGCUGGCUUGGGAAGGAAAUGAGACUGUGACCACACGGCUCUGGGGCCUUUUCUGCUCCUCCCGCUUCCUCAAUGCCACCUGCGAUGAGUACUUCACACGAAACAAUGUCACGGAGAUCCAGGGCAUUCCUGGCGCUGCCAGUGGCCUCAUCAAAGAGAAUCUCUGGAGCUCGUACCUGACCAAGGGGGUGAUUGUGGAGAAGCAAGGGAUGCCCUCAGUGGGCCUGGCAGAUGGCACCCCUGUCGACAUGGACCAUCCCUAUGUCUUCAGUGAUAUGACCUCCUACUUCACCCUGCUGGUUGGCAUCUACUUCCCCUCAGUCACAGGGAUCAUGGCUGGUUCUAACCGCUCUGGAGACCUGCGGGAUGCCCAGAAGUCGAUUCCCACUGGCACCAUCCUGGCCAUUGCCACUACCUCUGCUGUCUACAUCAGCUCCGUUGUUCUGUUUGGGGCCUGCAUUGAAGGAGUUGUCCUGCGGGACAAGUUUGGCGAAGCCGUGAAUGGCAACCUGGUGGUGGGGACGCUGGCCUGGCCGUCCCCCUGGGUCAUUGUCAUCGGCUCCUUCUUCUCCACCUGUGGGGCUGGGUUGCAGAGCCUCACGGGAGCCCCGCGCCUGCUUCAGGCCAUCUCUCGGGAUGGCAUAGUGCCCUUCCUGCAGGUCUUUGGCCAUGGCAAAGCCAAUGGAGAGCCGACAUGGGCCCUGCUCCUGACUGCGUGCAUCUGCGAGAUCGGCAUCCUCAUCGCCUCCCUCGACGAGGUGGCCCCCAUCCUCUCCAUGUUCUUCCUGAUGUGCUACAUGUUUGUGAACUUGGCCUGUGCGGUGCAGACACUGCUGAGGACACCCAACUGGAGGCCACGCUUUCGAUAUUACCACUGGACACUCUCCUUCCUGGGCAUGAGCCUCUGUCUGGCCCUUAUGUUCAUCUGCUCCUGGUAUUACGCCUUGGUGGCCAUGCUCAUUGCGGGCCUCAUCUACAAGUACAUCGAGUAUCGUGGGGCCGAGAAGGAGUGGGGCGAUGGGAUCCGGGGCCUGUCACUCAGUGCUGCUCGCUAUGCCCUCUUGCGCCUGGAGGAAGGGCCUCCGCACACCAAGAACUGGAGGCCACAGCUGCUGGUGCUGGUGCGCGUGGACCAAGAUCAGAACGUGGUGCACCCACAGCUGCUCUCGUUGACCUCCCAGCUCAAGGCAGGGAAGGGCCUGACCAUUGUGGGCUCUGUCCUCGAGGGCACCUUUCUGGACCACCAUCCCCAGGCCCAGCGGGCAGAGGAGUCCAUCCGGCGCCUGAUGGAAGCAGAAAAGGUGAAAGGUUUCUGCCAGGUCGUGAUUUCCUCAAACCUGCGCGACGGCGUGUCCCACCUGAUUCAGUCUGGGGGCCUCGGGGGGCUGCAGCACAACACCGUGCUGGUUGGCUGGCCCCGCAACUGGCGGCAGAAGGAAGAUCAUCAGACCUGGAGGAACUUCAUCGAGCUCGUCCGGGAAACCACGGCUGGCCACCUGGCCCUGCUGGUCACCAAGAACGUUGCCAUGUUUCCCGGGAACCCUGAGCGCUUUUCCGAGGGCAGCAUCGAUGUCUGGUGGAUCGUGCAUGACGGGGGCAUGCUCAUGCUGCUGCCCUUCCUGCUGCGGCACCACAAGGUCUGGAGGAAGUGCAAGAUGCGAAUCUUCACCGUGGCCCAGAUGGAUGACAAUAGCAUCCAGAUGAAGAAGGACCUGACCACCUUCCUGUACCAUCUACGCAUCACCGCAGAGGUGGAGGUGGUGGAGAUGCAUGAGAGCGACAUUUCGGCUUACACCUACGAGAAGACGCUGGUGAUGGAGCAGCGCUCCCAGAUCCUCAAACAGAUGCAUUUAACCAAGAACGAGCGGGAGCGGGAGAUCCAGAGUAUCACAGAUGAGUCUCGAGGCUCAAUCCGGAGAAAGAACCCAGCUAACACCCGGCUCCGUCUUAACGUCCCGGAAGAGACAGCUGGUGACAGUGAGGAGAAACCGGAGGAGGAGGUGCAGCUGAUCCAUGACAAGAGUGCUCCCAGCUGCCCCAGCAGCUCGCCAUCCCCCGGGGAGGAGCCUGAGGGCGAGGGGGAGGUGGAUCCUGAGAAUGUGCAUCUCACCUGGACCAAGGACAAGUCGGUGGCGGAGAAGAAUAAGGGCCCCAGUCCCGUCUCCUCCGAGGGCAUCAAGGACUUCUUCAGCAUGAAGCCGGAGUGGGAAAACUUGAACCAGUCCAACGUGCGGCGCAUGCACACGGCGGUGCGGCUGAACGAGGCCAUCGUGAAGAAAUCUCGGGAUGCCAAACUUGUUUUGCUCAACAUGCCCGGGCCUCCCCGCAACCGCAAUGGCGAUGAAAACUACAUGGAGUUCCUCGAGGUCCUCACCGAGCACCUGGACCGCGUGAUGCUGGUCCGCGGCGGCGGCCGCGAGGUCAUCACCAUCUAUUCCUGAGAACCAGGACCUGCUACCCGGGUCCGAGCGCGCCCGGCCCGCGGCCCCGGAGCCCUCGCCGCGUCCCCCGCCGCUGUCACCGUUUACAUACAGACCCCGUGCCCGCGCCCGGGCCCUUUUCCCCGCUGCCUGAAGCCCGAGGGCCUCGCCCGUCGGGGCUGACUCGGAGAGGACGGGCCCCGCGUGGAGACCAGAACCCCAAGCGCCCCGCUGGCCCGUCGGUCUGUGGGCCCCAGCUGCGCUGCCCGUUUUCUAAACCCGGCCUCGCCCCGCCGGAGGAGACACUGCAAUAAAGGUCGAGGGGAGGCGCGGAGAGAAGAGGAGCUGGGGCUUUGGCGACCCCCAGGAACUCCGCGCGGCCCCUUCCCCCACCUGGGCGGGGCUUGGGACUCCUGUCCCGCCCCCUCCCCGCGCCCCGCCCGGGUCCUAGCUGUGCGCUCCUUUCGCGCUGCGCCCCGACCUCCCCGCGGCCCCGGGGCGCGGAGGUUGGAAGGUCGCUGUCGGCUGUCUCCGCCGCCCCUUUUCACGGAACCCGGGGGCGCGGGCCGGCCGUCUAUACAUAGUGUACAGGAGACAUCGCGUGUAUUUUUAACGUCCCCAUAUUUAUGUGACUAGAAGCGCAACGGACUUCUCGCCACUGUCGAGCUCUCCCGCUGGGGGCGCCCAGGAGAGGCAGAGGCCUCGGGAAGUUGGGUUUUCCUUGACGUCCGAGUUUGAGAGCAAAUGUGCUUUUGGUCCAGGCGGGAGUCGUGGUCAUGGUCCCUCGACACCCCCGCCCCGCUCUCGCCUCCUCGCAUUAUCCACGCGCCCUUGGCUUCCGACCCUUCCCUCUAGUUCUUUUCCGAGAUGAGGUGAGAGAAGUGUCCAACUCUUCCUGGAUUCGCCUCCCAGCGGACAUGAGCUUCCACUGCGGCUGCAGAACCGCGCGCGCAGCCUCACCUCAUUAGCUCUUAUGCAAGCUGGGGCCAGGAUAGGGGAGGGGCGCUCCUCAGGAGGGGAGAAACGGGGGGGCCCCGCCCCACUGAGGAAGCCCCACCCCGGUGCCUUCGCUGGGGGGAGCAGGAGUCUUUUCCCAGUCGGCUUGUCGGCUGCUUCCCUUAUCCCAUGGUUCCUCGCCAAAGACUGAAAUCGGGGAGAUGGAGGGCACCCACUCCCCAGAGUUUCCUCCCUGGGUGAUGAGAGAGGGGGUAAUUCUG